AUGGCAGGCCGACAACCCGAGAUUCGCUCCCCCUUGCAGGAGGUAUCUCAGUUCGUGUUGGUAAUCUUCAUUUCGGUUCUCGUACGAGUACUUACUAACCUCCUUCAAGGCUUCCUGACUCGCGAACGCCCCGUGGUGGGUCCUCCCAUAAACCGUGAUGAGCAGUGGCUAGUCAUACACGUCGAUGACCUUCGCCUAGCAAUCCAGCAAGCUGGUUACCACCGUGCAGAUCGCUGUCGUACUGUGAUUGGCCCUCGUGGUCCUGCUCAUGCCCGCGACCGCCGCCGCCGAAAUAUCCGCAACCACCUUGCUGGCCCGGGCCCUGUUUCUUCUACCGAGCAAGUGCGACAGGCUCGAAUAGCAGCCGUGACCGCGGGAAUGCCUCGGCGCGCGCUUGACCAGGCACUGCGGGAGACUUCCAAUUGUGAUCGUUGUGGGAUCUGUCACGAUGAGCCUGACGAUGGGACAGAGAUUAUCACAUUUGAACCGUACUGCAAUCACUGGUUCUGCUCUGACUGUCUCGGUCCGUGA